AUGCCUCAAGAGAUCAAGUGUCCUACCUCUGAUCCUGCGAUCCAUGAUCAAAAGAGAGUUACUGGGGGUAGCAGGUCAUAUAAGAAAAAAGAAAUAGAUAAACUCAAGCAUGAAUUAUUCAAUCCCUUUUCGAAAUCUGAUGGUCCAUCCUCUAUAAACUAUAAUAAUGUAUCCGAAAUUUCUGAGACAGCCCGUCCCAGAAAAGUUACCUAUGACAGCAUUGAUGAAGCCUCACAACAUCUAGCUCA